CGAGCCCCGGAGCCGGCCGCAGAAAGGUUCCGGGCGGUUUUGGUUCCGGGGGCCGCCCGCCUGAGGCGCGGCCGCGGCGAUGAUCCCGAUCCCGGUGGUCGUGUGCGUGCUGGGCGGCUGGUGCGCCGUGUACCUGGCGGACACGCUGCUCAAGUCAUCCAGCUCUCUGAAGGCAUCAUAUGAAGACUGGCUGCUGACAUAUGGCCUGAGCAUCUCUCCCUUUCACAUGCGAUGGCAAACAGCUCUGUUCAACCGCCAGUUCUACAAUUGGGGGAGAUGGAAACCCAAAUUUCUGUAUUUAUGGUUCAGCGUAGGAAUGGUGUUUGGAAUAGUUGCCAUGUUUGGCUCUGUUAUUCUCCUUGGAAAGACUCUGAUGCAAACACUGACACAGAUGCUCACGGAGGCACCGAGAGCCCAGAACGAUCGGAUGCUGCAGGUCGUGGUGCCUGGUGUCAAUUUGCCUGUUAGCCAGCUGACCUAUUUCUUCUCUGCAAUCCUCAUCAGCGGUGUGAUACAUGAAGUCGGCCAUGGGGUGGCAGCUAUUCGAGAACAAGUACGAUUCAAUGGAUUUGGGAUUUUUAUCUUCAUUGUUUAUCCUGGAGCAUUUGUUGACCUUUUCACAACUCACUUGCAACUGAUAUCUCCUGUCCAGCAGUUAAGGAUAUUUUGUGCAGGGGUGUGGCAUAAUUUUGUUCUUGGUGUUGCCAGUUUCAUGGUUUUGUUUCUGCUGCCAGCCAUUCUUUUCCCUUUCUAUUACACGGGUGUUGGGGCACUUGUCACUGAGGUUGCAGAGGAUUCUCCUGCCAAUGGACCAAGAGGUCUUUUUGUGGGAGACCUUGUCACUAACCUACAAGACUGCCCAGUUUAUAAUGUGGAAGACUGGAAUUCCUGUCUGGGAGAUAUUUCAGAGAAGUCACAGGUCGGCUACUGUGUAAGUGCAGCCACCCUACAGCAAUUAAGCUUUCCAACUAGAGUCUACAGAAGACUCGAUGGCACAGUUGAAUGUUGUAGUAACAACAGCCUCACAGACAUUUGCUUUUCAUAUAGCAAUAAGUUGGACAGCCAUCUGCAUGCCUGUCUGCCAGCACGAAAAGUUAUUCAAGCCAGCAAAGUUUGUCGAACCAACAUGGACUGCCAGAAGGACUUUGUUCCAGGCUUUUGUAUGACUCCUUCUUUGGAGAACCAAACAAGGCUAAUCAGGGUAAAGCAUCCACCCCAUAUUGACAUGCUAUAUGUAGGACACCCCAUGCAUCUUCAGUACACAGUAAGUCUCAGCAGUUUUGUACCACGCCAAAACUUUCUAAGCAUCGAUCUGCCUGUGGUGAUAGAGACAUUUUGCAAGUACCUAAUUUCACUAUCAGGAGCACUGGCAGUUAUCAAUGCUGUACCCUGCUUUGCUUUGGAUGGUCAGUGGAUAUUAAAUUCAUUCUUGGAAGCCACGCUGAGUUCCCUCAUUGUAGAAAAACAAAACAGAGAACUUGUUGGCUUUUUAAUUUUGCUUGCUGGUAGUGCACUUUUGGCUGCCAACGUUGCACUGGGACUUUGGAUGGUGACAGCACGAUAGAGCAUUGGAUACAUUUCCAUCAGUUCUCAAAGUACACAGAAAUAAUGAAUCUAUUGCCUUUUAAAACUUGUCCUGUACUGAGACUGAAAUAAUUCCCUUAAAAUGAUACUGAAAGAACAAUCACUGAUGGGUGCCGUUUUAAUUUAAAACUGUACAACAUUGUGCCUGUGGUCAUGAGAAAUCUAAUAGAACUAAGAACCUUUUUAUUUACUCUUGAAACACUAAUAAUUUUGGACAAAUUCUAUUAUAAAGUUUCACAGGAAAAAGUUAGACUUCAUUAAUUUAGGUCUCAAAAUAAGGGAAUUAUUUGGCCUCAAACGUUUGUAAAGUGGGAGAAAAAAAACAUUCCAGUUUUAUAAUUUGAAUAAUUGUCAGAAAAUCUGUGUGGGUUCUGAUCAUUUGUCAGUCAGCAUCAUCUUGAGUGUCUUGUUUUAUUUUUUUAAUCUGGUAUUCUACCAGACUGGACUCUAAGAAGCCCUAAAGUCUGAUCUCAAAAUGGUGAAAUGCAAAUGCUUACCAUGUGUUAAUGGGGAGACAGCAGCAAUAUGGGUUAGUGGCUUUCCUUUUCAGCUGGCCAAAAUGACUGGAGGAAUGUUGUCCUCAGGAUGUAGAUGUGCCAGUGUCUGCUAAAAAUGAAGCAUGUGGGAGGAUAACAAAGCCCACAUGUCUGUUUCUUAACACAUUCAGUUGUAUAUUAUCAUACGCAGCUGAAGUUUUUUUAAAGGCAAUAUUUGUCAGCAAUAGCUACAAGAUAACAGAAAUUUAGUUUCUGAGUGCUGAAGUAUGCUGUGCACAAUUUUUCCUCAGUGAUAUGUAAUGUUUGUGUUGUUUUACUCAGAAAAUAAUACUGUAUUCUACCUGUUUACAGUUAAAAGUGAAACCUGUUGUUUUUAUGAUGUGUAUCUUCUGAUGCUAUGCAUGUAAUAUGUACAGUAACUCACUGAUGGCUUUCUCUAUUUCAAAGGGUUGUUUUCCUUUGCUAGGAUUUAUUCCACUCAGAGAUAGCUAACAAAGAUACUUAGUUGAAGCUGGGUUUGGAUCAGAAUUAUUUAGAGGAAGAAUAUGAUUGUGAAUUGAACAAUGUCAACGUUUUGCUUUGCUUUCUGAAAUGAAUGCAGACCAUAUGCUUGUUCUUAAAUGAACAGUGGAAGAACAGUCAGUGUUUUGCUGAUUGAAGUAUGUCUGACAUACUUUGAAGCUCUGUAAGUCUGUAAUAUUUUGUACCCGGUAGGAUUAUAUAUUGACUGUCAUGUCCUCUUCUGAUAUGUUGCCCAGUAUCUAAAUCAGAUUCAAUCAGAGCCUUGUCUCAAUAUAGGCUGAUAUUUAAACAAAAGUGCUCCAGUUUGGGAGCACAGAUAUUUGAAAUACAAAGUUUUUGAAAAAUAUGCUGCAACUUCUGCCUUGUACAGUGCUCCCUGUAGGAGCUGCUGCAGCCCAAACUUCCUUUUACAGAAAUGGCUUUUCCAUCAGGAACUGAAGUGGAACCUAAGCUCAUGGAUACUGGCCUGCAGGGAGUACUGGAACUUUCAUGACCAGGUCAAAUACAUCCUUUUGGCUCUAGAAGUAAAAGCCUGGGUAAUUUUACUAGUGGAGCUGAGUCCAAUUCCUGGUGCUACUGCCUGGAUUCCUCACUGAUGUUUGCAUUUGCCCACCGAUGUGUAUUUUUGCACAGUUCCUUUCAGACUUCAUUAAGAUGUACUCCUUUCUUAAGAUGAUGCAAGCAGUAAUGAAACCCUAUAUGUCUGUUUGUCGCUGGCUAGUUUACUCACCUCUCCAGUGCUGUUACAGGCUGGGUGGACCUCUUGAAGUUCACCUCUGUGGGGUGGCAGGCUCGUGCCUCCCAUUUUCAAUUGUUUCAGCCCAGGCAUAUGGACACAGAUCCUGGUAAGAGAGAGUAAAUCCUCCAGUCAGCCCAGUGUGAGUUGGUCCCUUUGCGGGGACUGUUAAAAGUCACACGAGGUGUAAGAAAGGGAAAAACAAACUAUGCCCUGAAAGUCUAACUUGUAAUUGCUCCUGGAAACAUACAGAAGUUUCAGGGGAGCAGUUCUGAUGGGCCACUCUGUCAUCUCUCCAUGAACAGAAGGAUAGGAGCAUCCUGGUCCUUGCACAAAGCCUGGCUCUGAGGCUCAGUUCUAGAAGCCUGCUCUUUCACCUAAGAGGGACUGCUUACUGAUCUGAGGUCUUCCUUUCAGUGGCUCUGUGUCUUGUCCAGGCUACAGUGCAAAAAAUUAAUUUGCACUUAGGAGUUUUAAUGUAAUUUAGUAAGACAGGAUAUUUAGUUUCAAAACAUGUCAAGUUUGAUACUUUAUAUGUAUGACUAAAAUGGCUUGUGACAAUCUUUUAAGGUAGUGCUUCUCAGAGAGAUGUAGGCAACAGAUUUAAAAAAGCAUUUCUGAAUUAACAUACACAAAUUACAUCUGCUAUAAUGAGGCCAGCAGGUUGUUCAUGGUUAUUUAGUGUCCCACCGAUCCAUGAAGUCUUAUCAAAGGAAAGUAAAUCCAGUUUACUUUACAUAAUCACUGAAAACCACAGUUACACUAAGUAGAAUGUCAGUCUGUGUCUGACCUCAAGAUCAAGAAGAGGGUGGAGAAGAUAUUGGUCAUGGUUUUAGCAAAACAGACACACUGGUGUACUGUAAAGACCCUAGAUAUCUUAUAUAGAAGAGAGGCUACUGGAAGUGUUUAAAAAAAUAAUUCAUGAGUCCAUUUCUCCACAUACUGGAAAUCCACUGAAUAAGGGUUGAUUUAGGUAUAUACAGGUGCUUUGAAUCAAGACUUCAAGCAAACUGGGCAUGAAUAGUGACCCAACACAUCUUUAAUUACCUGUGGACAAAGGUAGUACUUAAGUUGGGCCUCUGUCUGGAGAAAAAGUUGUUCAGUGGACCCAUUUCAUUCUCCUGUAAUCCCAACAUAUGGAUUACAUUCUGAUAAGCAUGUGCCAUGCAUACAGUUAUGGGAAGGAUUUUUCCUGGGGUUUUGGUUGUUUAUUUCGCACAAAAGGACACAGUGAUUUCUCUGUGUUAGAUUUUUACUCUGGAGUAUUUGUGAUGUUUCUUCCAUGUUUGUAAAAAUAGAAGGUAAGCCUUUCCUUAAAAUGAAAUCUUUCCACUUAUUCUAAUUAGCCCCUCAGAGUCUUCAGUACAAAAUCCAUCAAUGUAAUUAUAGGGCAUAUCGACUGGACUAUAGAACAGAGCACUCUUAAAGAUUGGAUGGCUGCUACUAUUUAUGUAUAUACUAUGCAUUUUAAAUCUGUAUCAGAUGGAAAAAGUAAUGUCUAAUAUUCAGAAAUGUUAUAAGUAGCUUUUACGUGAAAAUUGCCAGAAAAUUUCCAUAAGUAUUAUCACUGUUCUCCUUUGUUUUUUAUGAGAUUUUUUUUAUAUCAGCAAAGAUUUACAUAGCAUGUUCUGAUAAUGCAAAAUAAAACAUGAAAAUGGCAAAUUUCUUAGCAUGGAGGAUGUUACAUGCUCUUUGCUAAUUAGGAAAUUAAAACCAGCUUGCUUCUGUACAAGUUAAAUGAAAGAGGCUUCACUAGAAAAAGUAUAAACAAACGUGCAGAUUAGUUAGCCCAAAUUGUGAACCACAGUGGAAAAUUUGUUAACUCAUCCUUUUUAUUGAGAAUGAAACAACCAACUAUAUUGACAGUUACUUUUUCCAGUGAUGGUUCUGCAUUUGUGGACAUAUAUGUGUAUAUAAACAUACAUUUCUAUAACAGAUACAUUUACAGCUGCAGGAUCUAUUAGUGUUUUUUUAGGGAUAACAUACAGUCCUCCAUACUCUGCAGUGUAGGCCUUUGUUUUUCUUUUUCCUUCUUUCUAUGAAUUCUCUCUAUGGCUUUCUCUGGAUUUUAAAACAGAAACUAUGUUGUUCUCCCAUAACUGAUCUUAACUUUGUUAAGAGAAGGUAAGUGAUGGGGAUGUAACAGCUGCCUGAGUUUUGUUCAGUUGAUGUUUAUGUUUCUUAGUUUCUGUGAAGCCUCAGCUACAAGCAUGGUAAACAUAGAUUUUUCAGGGCAACUAAAAGAGGUCAACCUUGAAAUCCAUCACUCUCUUAAUGCUGCUGUUUGUGCUAUUCUGAAUGAUAACUGGGAUAAGCAAGACUGUGUAGAGUAUACCGAAGAAAUAAAGUUUUCAGGACAGACCUCCCCAUAGCAGUCAGGGUGUUUCAGCUUUCUUUGAGUAAGAAUAUAUUUUUGUUCAGUUUAGCACAUCAACAAUCCCAGUUUUCCCAAUAGUUUCCUAUACAUUUUACAUGACAGCAAAGGCUGACCUCUAGGAAAUAUUUUUAAAAUAAAUUAGUAUAUCAUCCUCUAUAUGAAAUAUCUGAAAUUUAUGACAGACGAAGCAGGGUUAUAAAGGUUUAUGUAGCCUAGUCUGUAUUUAAUUGUUUUAAAAAAAGUGAGUUAAACUCUAGAUAUAGUUAUUUGUAAAAUAUGCAUUCUGUACACCUGCAUUCAGACCAAUUUCCACAACUAUUCUUGCCUCAGCUUCGUUCUUGUACACUUGUGAGUAAGGAAUCUGGAGUUUUAACACGGGUAAAAUCCAAUAUUAGCAAGUAUUUUAUAUCCUCUUCAUCCUGAAUUUCAUGUAACGCUUUAUGUAGAUUAGUUAUUUAAUGUGACUGAGUUACCUGGGGUAUAUUACCUGUCUUAAUGCAGCAUGUGGGAAGCAUUGUACAAGGGACUGCCAAGAAAGGGCAGCUCUGUGACUCCUGUUCCUUGGACUCCACCACUACCAUCAAGUGAAGAGCAGAUGGCAGUGAUUAAGGGCAGUGAAGAACUUCAGUUUAUGGCAGCUUUAUGAAACCUUCCCACCGCUGACCCGGUGUGAAAGGACGGGAACAAAGAGCAGGAUAUGACACUGCAAUUCCAUUCAUUCCAUUUACAUUGUAUGAAACCUGAAAAGAACUUGUGAUUAACAUUUCAGAGCAGGAAGGUACAUUUUCCAGCCCUUCACUGAAUCAUGCAGUGACUGAUGAUGAAACUUUUUAACAUUUUGUCUUUCCAUUGAUAAAUAUGUGCUGAAUAAGUAGUAUGAGUAGUUGUAGCUCAUUUUGUAAAACAGACUUGGAUGUUUCUCACUUCUAGAUGUUCGUCUUAGGAUGGUUUUGCAGCAUCCUAGUGUAAUUGACCUUUGUUGAUACUAGUUUGAAACGCUGGAGGUUAUUUCCAAGCCAUCACUAGAAAAUAUCUGUUUACUUCCUUCCAAGUCAUUUGUUAAUAUUUUAAAUUCCUCUUUCCCUUACAUAACUUUGCUUUUAGAUUUCAUAUACUCAGAUGAUCUUAUCUGGAGCCUGUCAAUGGAAUAUGUAUUGUUUUGAAAUUCACUGUGGAGGUUUUUUCCUCUACAUAGCCUUAUUUUUCACACUGACUCACAGCUGUGGAAUGUUAGAUUUCUAGACCCUUUGUUCCCACUAUGCAUUGUUCAUGAUCAUGUUUUGGUUUUUUUUUUUAAAAGGGAAAAAAAAGAAAGCUUCGUUUUUAAAAUGUCAGCUAACAAAUAUAUGGAAGAGUGAAUAACGUAUUGUGGUUUUGUUUUGCCUUUUUUUGUCUAUUUAAUCAACCAAACAAUAAGUAUUGUUUUCUAUGUAUGAUAAAUGUAUCCUGCAAAUAAAUUCAUUGUUUGAUUGUUA